AUGGGGAAUGCUACAAGUUGGUUAGCUCAAUCCUUAUGCCCAGAAGAGCAAACACUAUGGGUCGCAGCCAAGAGUGGUGACUUGGUCACAUUACGUGAAGGACUGUCACGUUUAACGCCUGCAACGCGUUUCUAUGCAGAGUGGCGAGAUCCCGUAUACGGCUACUCGCCAUUGGCUAAUGCCUGUUCACAAGGCCAUUUACAAUGUGUGAAGGCACUUCUUACGUACGGUGUGGACUGUAACGCGCGAGAUGUACAGGGAAAUACACCACUACAUAUUGCUACGUCUUAUGGGAAGAGCGAGGUUGUGCGAAUGUUACUCGAGUCAGUGGAAGUGGAUUAUUUUGCCAAGACGACGACCAAAUCACAGACAGCACUGGACAUUGCACGCCAGGAAUAUAAAUUAUCAGAGACACGAGGAGUCAAGUUUAUUCAGUGUAUGGAAUAUAUUGAAAAGAAACUUUGUAUCCAUUCAGGUUGGUUAUUUGAACGAUCUGACAACUUUUUGUCGAUUGCUUCGGGUAUUUCAGGCUUGAAUUCGUGGAAAAAGAGGUAUGUGGUGGUGUUGCGGACUGCUGCAAACGAUGUUGUUGAGAUUGAUUUGUUUUCGUUGAAGCCUGGUGAGCGACGCCCGCCAGUUCCGAGUUUGGAGCUUAUAUACAAGACAAGUGACGGAAUCCAGCAGAGCGAUGACGAUACUUGGCUCAAUCGAAAGAACUUUCGGUUCUCUUUAAAAGUGUCAAGGAAGUUUGACUCUGGUUGUGUGUCUUCUGUCCAAUCGAUGGAUUUUGCUGCCACAAGUCAAAAUGAACUCAUUGCGUGGAAAACGUUCCUCACGACCUUGCAGGUCAAUCCACCACCAACAACUACCACACUUGAAGGUAGCGCCAGCCGCGCUCUCUUAUCUCAGCCUGAUACAAACUGCGCUCGACCUACUCAGGCUGCAAUACUGCAGGAGCAACGCGAUUUGGAACGAGCUUUGCGAUUGUCGCUUGAAGAAGCUCGGCAGCACUCUAGAACCCGUUCGGACCCAUCUGCCCCACCUCCUUCCGACACAUUGCUCGAAACACUGGGUUAUUCUGAAACGGUCGUGGGCCCUGAUGGGGUGGAGAUUGUGCAACUUCUUCGAGACGAUGAAUCAGCGGUUGCGCAUAAUGCAGCAUCUCGAACCACUUUGACCCAACGAGUGAAGAGGAUUGCCGGACCCAACGUAGUAUCGGAACGCUCGGACGAGUGCGUCAUUUGCUUUGAUGGGUCACAAGAGGCGGUCUGCGUUCCUUGUGGCCACAAUGCUGUUUGCAUGGAUUGUGCGCAGGAGCUACUCGACAGUACCGGUCUCUGUCCUGUGUGCCGACAACAAGUGAGGGAGGUGAUUCGCCUUUAUCGUGUGUGA